AUGGGAGGAAUGACACCACUGAUUAACGCACUCUUCAAACAAGUGAACCAAAAAUUGUUGGUUAAGGAAGUGGUGAAGAGUGAGUUGAGUCAACUGAGUCUCAUCGACAUCGAGAUCGAGAUCGAAGUGCAGAGCAAUAGUGACGCCAACAGUAAUGCCGACAACAAUGACAACAACGACAGUAAUAAUGAGAGUAAUAACGAGACGACCAGUAAUACGGACAGCACUGCCGACAGCACUAGUAGUGGUGCCGAUAGUAAUGUAAGCAAGUAUUGCUGCAAAUGGACGCACUGUGAUUGGCCCGGGGCUUACGACGACCUCGUCGACCACAUCCGCGAGAUACACGUCGAGCUCCAGCCCUAUCACCAGCAGAGACACAACUGGACCAAUGGUCCCAACGGUGCCAACACUACCACUACUGCCAACCAAUGCAAACAAACAGACAGUACGGCCACCAAUGGCCUCAAGAAAGUGGACUCUCAUCAACAGUAUGUGUGUCUUUGGGAGGGCUGUAAAGUGUAUGGGAAGGGCUCGCUGUCGAGGAAUUGGUUGGAGAGGCACGUGUUGGAGCAGCACUCGGGUCCGCGACCUUUCAAGUGUAUAGUCGAGGGCUGCGGCCAUCGCUUCAAACAACAAUCAAUGCUCGAGAGACACGUGAACUCGCAUUUCAAGCCCUGUCACGACUACUCCAAUAGUAACUGUUCAUCCGAUGUGACCAACUCCUGUCCAAACGGCUGUUGUCCAGCGAAUAGUGUUCUGAAUCCGUGCCUGCAGUCGAUGCAGGGCUUGAGUCCAUUCGAGCUCCACCUCCAGCAGACGUCGCGCGACCCGAUGUCUGCCCUGAGAUGUAAGUCGAUGUCAACGGACUCUAACAGUUGUCAACACUUUUGCGGUGCUGUGAACGGAACCAACGGAACCCCAAACAAAAUACUUAAACGCAAAAAGUCCGCCACAAAACUCAAGAAGAAAUGUUUUUAUGUGAAAUGUAGUGAAGACUACUUCGACGAGUGUGUUAUGGAACACGUGAGGUAUGGAUUGAUUCAAUUGAACCAUAAGACUGGUCUCGACAUCAGUGGUAACUCUACCGUCACAUUCAAUAGUCAAGUCAUCGCUCGCCGUGAGAGCGAUAACGGAGAAGUGAAUGUACUCUUGAAAUGGUAUCCAAACAAUAUACUGCCAGAUGUAUGGGUGCCCGAAAAAGAGGUGGAAGAGAGCAAAACGAAAUCAGUGCCCGUUUGGACGAUACCUCCCGAGAGUUUGGCAAAACUGAUUGAAGAGUCGAAUGGAUUUGAGAGCAAACCAAAGAUAAAACAGAGGCGGAAAUGAAUGGUUAUUAAUUGCAUUCACGAAAUGGUUUUUAUGUCGCAAAACAAAUGAAAAAAAUGAUUUUUAAAUAUAAAAGAGAUUUAAUAUAAAGAUUAAUAACUUAGAAGAGGAUUAUAUGAGUAAAAAUAACAAAUGUUUUUAAUCGAGAAUUUAUUGAUUAAUUUGAUUCAAAAGAACGCUCAAAACGCCUUUCACUGCCAAUUAAUUACCAAUUAAUUCACUGCCAAUGAUGUGUUCAUUCCUUUAUUAUUAUUCAAUAAUAUUUAUAGCAAAACUGCAAAU